AUGGCCAGUAUCUUGGCUCACCGGACGCUUUCAGGGGUCCAGCAAGUAUCAGACUGGGGGACCCAGCGUCAGAAGGCUUUGGUUCUGACGGGUCAACAUGUCAUCACAGAUACAGAGGUCCAGUUGUACAAGCGAGUGCUUCAGCAGAUGGGGUUUGACAUCCAGCUCUCCAGAUAUGCUGAGACCAGUAGCCAACUCAGACCAAAGCAAGGUAUGAGUGGGGUGAACCUGCUGCUGUGCCUUAGCUCCUCAGAAACCAGCUGCCUGAGGAGAGUGCCUUUCUCUCAGCUCCAGGGUCACCAGAGGGUGAAUCUUCUUCCAAAGAUGAUGAAGGCUUUUUCUGAUGCAGGCAGUGGGCUAUGUCACAUGUUUACUCACAAAGCAUUGGCAGAUUCAAAAAUUCCCAUGAGGUUCUACUCUUGUGCUUCUACCCAGGACCAAGGGUCUACUGGAGCCACCAGUUUGACCAAACCCAUAGCACCACCUCAGGCCCCUGGUGCUGUGGUAAAUGUUUACAUCCUGGUCACUUCAUUCGAGCCACUGACUUCCUUUCUGCAUAACAGCAUUGUAUUGUCAACCAAUGGGGAGAGGGGGCAACCAAACCGGUUGGAAAACCUUAGGCCUGAGGUUUUGGGCUAUCCAGCUUCUUAUCAAGACAUGAUUGGGCACAUAAAGAGAAUUAUUGGAGAUGUUUUGCAGGCAGCAGCAUCCACCUACGAGAAAGACCAAACAAUAGAAAGGUGCCUCCUUUGUUACCAACUGCUCACGUUUACUCUGCUUUUUAAUACUUCUCUUACACCCACUAUCAUCCAGGUGGAUACUGACUGGACAUUUCCAGCACUUAAUGACAAAACCUUUGAUCAGAAGAUUACUAGAGACCUGAUGCUAGAGGACAUGCUUCACUUUCUGCUAAAAUCACAAACUAUAUUAUCUUCUGUGACCAAUGCUGUCAGUAAAGAGGGUAAUGGUUAUACAACAAUCCUUGGUGUGAGUCUCUCUGAAGACGAUCAAUUACUUCUACUGCAGUUCUAUGAGCAAAUGAAAUUACCUGGACCUUUUCAACUGCUACAUCCCAACACCACUCUCUGCUCCUCUUCUAUCCCUUAUGGUGUCAUUGAUGACCUCUUUGUCAAAACUGCCUGUUACUAUAACCACAGAACUGCCAAGGAACUAUCAUUAGCCAGUACUGGACACUCACAUAACUUUUUAAGCAAAGAAAAUGUUAUUGCCAAGUGUGCAGACUCCCAGCUCAGACAGAUCUACACAGACCCUCCUCUCUCUAUGACCCCUCCAUUUGACCCCCGGGUGAAGGAGUACCGUGUUGAAGUGCCCUUUGACACUGUAAUGAUCCGAAUUCGUCCCGAGCCCCUUAGCUCAAACUGCCGUAUUCACCUAGAUGAGCACCAUGGCCCUAGCAUGGCAAACCUCCCCAUUGGCCUCGGUCAAAGCAGAAUCAGUAUCCUGUUGACGGAUGGAGGAGAAUCUGAGGUUGUCAUGGCGAUCUACACUCUGCAUGUGUUCAGAGAGAGUCGCCCAAGUCUGCCGAUGUUUGGAGAUCAUGUGAUGUGCAGCUUCACGCAGGAGUGCAGUCUGUUGGUUCAGCCCGAUCGGUCCUGUGGUUUGGAGCCUUUUAACAAGUCUCAGAACCCUCCCCAGCCCUGCAGGUCUGGGGACAAGCCAGGGCGAUGGGUGGUGCCCUGUCUCAGCUGCUUGGACAACAGGACUUGUGAUUGGAGGGAGAUUGUCUGGCAGCCAGAUAACUGUUAUUACCCAUUAAUAGACCAUCUUCAGCUGCAGAAAUGUAUGGCUGACAGAAAGCUACUGUUCAUUGGGGAUUCUACAAAUCGAGGGAUGAUGUAUUUCUUGAUGGAGCGUGUGAACACCAGUCUGAAGGACUGGGAAAAAGCUCAUGACACAUUGAUCUAUAAUAACUUAAAUGGAGGACAGACACUCAUCAGCUACUCAUAUUUUCCUCAAUUCUGGUUGGAGGCAAAUCAAAGACCCACAUUCACAGAAUCACUGGAGAAGCUGUUGGACAGGUCCAGACCGCUGUUGAACUCCAAACAGACAGUUCUGGUUGUGGGCGGAGUCCAGUGGUUGAACACCAAACAUCUGAGAGUGAUCAGAGAAACUCUUAAGAGAAAGGGCCUAAACAACAUCCUGGUGGUGGUCAAGUCUUUGGGGAUGGGAUUCCACCUACUUGUCGAUGGGGUCAGAUCACUGAAACUGAGAGAGAUCCAAGACCUCUACAUGGAGAACCAGAACCUCAUCAGUAUAGCAAAGAAGUAUGGUUUUGAAGUAAUUGAUACAUUUAGCAUCACAAUGGGACGAUACAAAGAGUUUCUACAGGGAAGAUGUGCCUGUCAUUUUCAUGAGGUGGAGAAACGUGUGUCCUCCAAGACCUCGUUUGACUUAAAAACAAAAGACAACAAGACUAGGUCUGCCGGAGCUGGCCCAAAUACAGCUGUGGCCUGGGACCACAGGUCAAAAUCAUUGUCCUACAAAGUGAAAGGACCAGUGAACCAGGUGUACUCUGAGAUCCUGCUGAGCCGCCUCUGCCCUGACAUAAACACCUGAUCGACAGAGCUCAAAUAUGAGCAGUGAGGAAUAGAAACAGAACAGGUGAGAAAGGGCAAAAGGACAGCAGCAGAGAACUACUAACUAAUUUUAAUUUCAGGUAUCAGAAGUGAACUGAAAUUUCCAAACACUCCAGCUGACACUGUGAAACAUAAAUAUUUUCCAUUAAAAUGCAUAUUGUAUUUUUACAUUGACCAAAUUCUUCAGUAGCCUCCUAUUACCUUGCCUAACACCCUUAACGCAGUAGUAGGUGGGUAAGAGUGCACUACAUUUCACAUUCUUGUGUUUUGUUCUAUGUACUUUUUGUAAUGAGAAUUAAAGUAUAAAGUAUAUUGGCUACUUUGCACAUAUGUGUGACUAUAGCACAUCAGCUGCACAUUGAUCCUUAAUAUUUAUGCUCACUGUAAAAUGUCUCUUUCUAUUCAUCCAUACACUACAACUUAGUGUUUCUCUAUUUCAGUGUUGUCCUUUAUUUGUAGCUUUGUACCUUAGUUAUUAUGUGUAUUUUCUUGUAGCUUUAAGUUAGAACUAGUUUGUGCCAAACAUAUUUAUAAGAAUCUUAAGAUUAUAAAUUUACUGAUGUGAGUAUGAGUCAAUGCAUUGGUAAACACAUUGGCUAAAAUGAUCAGUUCUGUGCCUUCUUCUUUGUAUUCCUCUUUGUAGCAACAGUUGAUGGCAUUUUCAGUGUUUGUUUGCCACCUCAUGAUGGACCAAAAAAGAAAUUGUUUCUUUAAGAUUAAAAUAUAAAUGUGUUUUUUUUUUGUUUUUUUUUAUGUGUUGCUCAUUGCUUUAACCUGAAAUACAAUUUACUGCCAAAUUAUAUUUACCUCAUGAUUACUGUAUUAUAAGGCUACUAUGCAGCUGUAAUAUAUGGUUGUAGAAAAUGUCUUAUAACCAUACAUUUUGACAAUGCUUGUAUUUUAAUCCUACACAAAUUGUAUAUUUUUAUUGAAUGUAUAACAUAAAGAUGUAGUAAAAAUAAAGUUGCAGUAUACCAGAUGUAUAGAUGGACAUUCUGCUGAAAUAUUUUGUAAUAAAAAUAAUAAUAAUAAUAAUAAUA